GGUAGUCAACAAAAUUUGGGAAAAUGAGAGCAAUAGAUGGUGCGCCGAUUGUGGAGAAAAAGGUAACUGACGCAACUAUGUUUUAAACAUUGUUUAAAAACAUGCAUGACUGUUUAAAUCCUUUCGUUUUACAAGCUACAUGAGUCAGUGUUGUAUAAGAUGUACAACCUCUUCCCUUCGGCUUGAGUUAUGGCGAAAUUUGAAAUGUGACAUCUUUACACGCAUUUAUUCGAGUACAUACGCCAUGCAUUAGAAUCGCAUACGACUAUUUAACAAUUAGUCUGCAAAGACGAGGUGAUUACAAGCCUAUAUUCAUUGAGCCGAAGACGAAGUCAAUAUAGGCUUGUAAUCACCGAGCCUGAGGCGACUAAUUGUUUUAGUAUAAUUUCAGUAUUGAAAAAGUUUUAUUUAUAAAUACAACCAAUACACGUGUUUAUUUUAUGAAUAUAAUUUGCAUAAAUAAUUUAUUUCUGUCUGAUUUUUAGCCAUUUUUUUGGGGAAAAGCAAUAGUUCCUGCUCAGAGCAGUCUGAGAAGUAACUAUUGCCUCAGAGUAAUUACUGCUGAGGGAUAUUACAAUCAGAAUGCUCAAAGGCCAUUUUUCAAUACUGAAAUUAUACUAAAGUUGUAUAAUGUAGAUGCAUGGGCAUUUACACAACACGGCCACUCAUGCUGUAUCUAUAAAUAUAAGGAUAGAAACACUAUAUGAAUAUGUUAAUGUAUUAAUACAGCAAAGUUAAAUACAGUAUAUGCAUAUAUGCUUUAUACAUGCAGCAGAACACACUAACACUGCAGCAUAUCAGAAUACUAUACAUGCAGUACAGUGCAGUGCAGUGGCAGAACUGUACAGUGUGUAAUGCAGUACACGUACGGUAUAGUACAGCAUGCACAUGUAUACGGUAUAGUACAUGCAUGCAUGCAGCACAGUACAAUACAAUGUCAAUGCAAGGCUAUAAACAAACGACAUAACGCGGUAACUUUAAUAUGCCAUGUGAAUUUAUAUACACAAUAUAUUUUAAAAUAUAUUUCUAAAUACUAGAUUAAACAGUAUACAUAUUAACACUACCAAUAUCUGAUUUUCAUCACAAUCGUUAAGUACUGGUUAAAACAUGAGCAGCCGAUCUUUAUCUGAUAUGCUUAAAAUCGACCCAUAUUAUGAGUUUAUUGACUCAUUGGCGAAGUAAUCUUAAAAAUAAACAUUGUCUAACCCGAGAAAAUCAAAGCUGAAGUUCAUGUAAAUCAGGACAAAUCUUUAUCCGAUUUACAAACAUGUAUUAAACAUUCAUUUCUUUUGUAUUUUCCUCGUGAAUUAUUAAUGAGAUUUUUAAUUGUAGUUAAACAUCUUGUUAAAAAUUAUAUAUUGAUUUCUACCUAGAUCCAGUUUGGGCGUCAAUCAACUUAGUUGUAUGUGUGUGUGCUCGGUGUAUCGGCGCACAUCGCAACUUGGGGGUGCACUCAUCCAAACCAAGGUCGUUACUUAUGGAUGAAAAAGUCUGGAUUCCUUCUCUGAUCAGGGUAAAUUUACAUACUCGAUAUAUACCAAUGAAUAACUGAUAUAGUAUUUUAUAAGCUAGCCUAAAUUGAAUUACACGCAGUACUCGUUUGACGUGCGGUAUAUACUGCAACAAUCGCGUAUUUUUGCAGCAUUAAUUUGGCUGAACAAUAUUGUACAACAAGACUAUUACCAAGACUGCAUGCAUGUACAACCUCGCACCGUUGACGUAUACAGUGCACGUACAAUUCUGGAGAACCAAAGGCAAAGCUCGCGUACGCGGACAAAUAUCUAUAUAUCUUUCGUUUUCGAGAAAUUAUACUUGCUCAACAAAAUUAAAUUAUUCAUUUUGGCAUGUAUAUUAUGCAUGACUUGAGUUACUGUCCUGUUUCCACUGCCUGUUUCACCAACUGUCAUUGAACUCUUCACAAUAUAUUUUGUAUUUACAUUACUUAUAAUACUUUCAGCUUAUGGUAGAAGUUGGAAAUGAAAUUUCAAACAAAUUUUGGCAAUAUAGACUUCCCGAGGAUGACCAGAUCUCUCCUGAAAGUUCAAGGUGUGUUCAUGCCCUUUAUUUAUUUUUUCAAAACAAAAAUAAAUUACAUAACCCGCAGCAAAUGAUUUAGUACUUUACCCAUUCUUUGUUUUGCAGAGGCUAGUAAUCUGAAGAUCGCAUGGCCCGUGCAUGUGGGACUCGUGCAUGUGAGACUCGUGCAUUUAUAGCCCGAGCUUUAUAUAACAGCCUCUUCAUACGCACCAGAAUGCACCACGUUCGAACUCGAUUAGCCACCAAACUAUGCGCGCUCAGGCUUGCCCUAAUCUAACUGCAAACAAGGAAGAUAACAACUAGUCAAACGGUAUAGACAUAUACGCCAGGAUGCAUGGUGAACAUUGCGCAUAAUAUGGACCUUGCUUGUAUAGAUUUUAAUAGAACGUUGUUAAAUUAUAACGUUGAUUUUUCUUUAUUUAGCCAGGCGAGGGAAGAGUUUAUUCGUAAGAAGUAUGUGCAACGGAUGUAUCGUCAUGUGUCACCUUUAUAUGGUGACCCAGUUGCUCUUGGUGAGGUAAAAAUUACUUGUUUUUCUUGUUGGUAUUUGAUUUGGUUAUGCGACAACCUUUUCAACCGGAUCGUACCCAGGGCUUCUGCGCUUGUGAUGAGUUGCAAGAAGGGCCCUGGCUGACCUAACAGGGCCGCUGAUUGGUGAAAGAUUUAAUUUAAUUACGUCGAGAAGCGUUUCACUAAAAAAAUUCCGUACAUUUUGCCAAAAAAUUCCGGCCCUAAAAAUACGGGGGCAUGCAAUCCUGAAAAAAAAUCCUGUAUAAUUUGGAAAAAAUUUUCCACAAAUAUCCUUGAGAAAUCCACAAAAAAAUCAAGAAAAUCCAAAAAUAUCCGGAAAAUCCCAGAAUCGAACAAAAUUUCUUUUGAAAAAUCCAAGAAAAGAUCCAUCACUUUCAAAAUUUCUUUUAGAAAAUCUGCGGAUUUUUGAAUGCCCCUCGAAAUACAUUGUUAGAUUUAAUUAAUUGGUCAAUAUUAUAAGAACGCGCGAAAGCAAACACAAUAUUAUAUAUAAUGCCCCGAAGGGAAGGACUGAGCAAUUCACUGUUCAGAACUAGUUCAGACUAUUAAUGUACAAUGCAUUUAAACACUAUAACUAUCGUGAGAAGAAGAUAAACGAUGCCCUUAUAUUGUGAAAGAAGGAUACCUUGUUAUAGUUGUUCGAUGAUUUAUUUUUGUUGUCAAGUUCUACACGCCUUCAGGGUUCAGAUAUUCCAACUGUUCUGAUACUUAGUACAUUUGAUUAAAGACAGACUCGUUAAUCGUUAUAGGCGUUAAAGCUGUCGGUGUGUACAAACAAUAUUGAAAAGACGAUGCAACUUGUGUUUUGUGGCGCAGAUGUAAGUUUAUAUGAUGCAGUACACUAGAUUUUUUAUUUGUAUCGCAUUGAAAACCGUGACACGAUUACCUUUACCACGCAUUUACAGUAUAUUCAGAAUUCGUUGUUUUAAGAAUUUCACAAUUUUUCUCAGUUUUGUCCUAUAUUGCUAUAAACUUUAACGGCCUUACAGCUGAUAAACUUAUCAAUUGUAGGUUAAAUAUAUAUCAAGUGAUGGUUCUGAGAGUAGAACUCGUAAGUUUGGUUUUUAUAUUUUUCCCGUUCGUUUAUAUAUAUAUAUAUAUAUAUAUAUAUUUUCCAAGGGUUAUAUUCUGACGUGGAUUUGUUUUGGUCUGAUAUUGUUUGUCUGUUCGCCUGUAUUCGUGUUUAUUAGUUUGUUUGUCUGAGCAUCUGCAUGCUUGUUGAGUAUUUAAUUGUUUAGUUUUUAUUUUUGGAGCAUAUAGCAAUGUUCUAUUUGAUUUUUUGUAGCAUAUGAAUUGGCUAAGGCAUCUAAUCAAGAACUUCAAAUGGUAAGAGUGAUUGCGAGCGGUGUAGAUAUAAAUGCCCAUUAUUUUUGUGUGCUACGUAUACGUAAGCUAUAAGGUGCAGCAUUGGCUAUGAGCCAUAUACGACGAGAGCGCUAGCGAAUGGUAUCCUUAAAAAAAUCUUUUAUGACGUUUGUGCUGGAAAUCUUAGAGUGAAGUGGUUUCUGAAAACAUCGGAUUUUUUAAUUUUUAUUAAAUAUAUAUAUGUUUCUAUAGUUAAUAUACCAGUGCUUGUUCAGUGCAAGAUUAUUGUUUUAUUUACAUAGGGGAAAGGCACUGCGCAUUUUUUCACCGCCUGUUCGCCGGCUAAUAACUGAUUCCUUAGUAUUUAAAUUAGUUUACAAAAUAUGAAACUUUUACCUUUUUAUAUCUCGUAGGAGUUCUUGAUGCAAAAUGGAGCCAUUAUGUUUGGUAAGUCAAACAUUAGAGUGCUCGUAUACCGUACGUAAACGUAUAUAGGCUUUCUUGUCAAAGCAAGGGGAGGGGGAGGGAUAGAGUAAUAGCAGAAAAGGAGACUAUGUACCUUGAGCGCGAUACUCAUGACCCUUGAAAGUGAGUCUAUAUUAGAAUAUCCUUAAUGUCUGCAUGUAUCAUUAUUGCAGCCUCGUCCCCAGGCUCCAACUCAGAUGCGCGGGGUCACGGCGUGACGCAGGCAAUUUUCAAUUUCUCAUGAAACGGCGC